AUGAAUAUAGCUAUUGUAGUUCAGCUUAUCUUGUUUCAUAUUGUUGUUUUACGUUCAAGUCAUCAUGACCAUAGCCAUAAUGUCGAAACACCACAUUUCAAAUACAGUCGUGAAGCUAAUGAACAGUCAGUCCAUGAGAAUCAUAGGUAUUCCCACCAUCAUGAUCAUAAUAAUCAUCAUCAUCACCAUGAUCAGCAAAGUCAUCAUCAUGAACAUUCGGAAAGUCAUCGCAGUGCUCGUGACAAAUAUUUUCAUGAGAAAGAACAUCAUCAUGCACAUCUCACCGGAGAGAGCGAUCGUCAUCAUCAAAAGUAUAGCAAAACAAGUCAGAAAAAUUAUAAGCCUUACGAUCCAAAUGGGAUUCUAUCUUUCAUGAAUGAUUUUCGAACACGUCUUUGGGUGUACAGUAUUGGAUCAACAUUGCUAAUCAGCUUUAUGCCAUUCGUUUUCUUAUCGCUUAUACCGUUAAAGGCGAACACUGCAGAAAAUGAAUCAAUGCUGAAAAUCCUUUUGAGUUUUGGUUCUGGUGGUUUAUUGGGUGAUGCAUUCCUUCAUUUGAUUCCACAUGCACAACCUUCUCAUCAUAAUGGUCAAAGUUCGCAUUCGGAUUCGUACGCACAUGAUGAUUUCCGACAUUCACAUGAGCCGCAUGACAUGACUGUUGGAAGUUAUGUACUAGCUGGAAUAUUAACAUUUCUGACAGUUGAGAAGCUUGUACGUAUUCUACGAAGUGAGUACAUAAUUCAUUCUCAUUCACAUGGAAAUGGUUCAUCAUCUUCAGAUGAUCAAAAGAAGAUUGGGAAGCAGCAUAAGGCUGACCGAGUUAGUAAGGAAAAGAAAUCGUAUGUUUCAUCAACAGAAGAAAGUUUGCAUAGCUGUUCCGAUGACGAGCACAAACAUCUGAUAGAAAAAACAAGCGAUGUAACGGGAUUCAAAGUAGCAGCAUAUUUAAACAUGGUUGCAGAUUUUGCGCAUAAUUUCACUGAUGGUUUAGCAAUUGGUGCGUCAUUUUAUGCUGGCACAACAAUUGGUGUUGUAACAAUGAUUACUGUGCUCGUACAUGAGAUACCGCACGAAGCUAUGUCUGUUCAACUUUUGACAGCUCUGGGUGCUCUUACUGGUUGCGUUUUGUCGUUAUGUUCAACAAAUGCUGAUGAAUUAUCCGAUACAGCUUCAUCAAGUUGGAUAUUGCCUUUCACUGCCGGUGGAUUUAUCUAUAUUGCCACAGUAACAGUUAUACCAGAACUGCUUGAAAAUACUUCUGUUUGGCAAAGCAUCAAGGAAGUAGUAGCCUUGUUAACUGGAAUAGCGCUCAUGUUUCUCAUUGCUGCAUAUGAAUGA